CUAGUUACGCAGUAGCAGUUUGGCGUCGGGCAGCUAGUAAACCAUUGGACCAAUGCCUUAGAAAACGUUUUCUCUUCGCCCCCCCUCUGAUAAUAUGAAUGUUGUCCAUUGAUUUCAGUGGACGACGUUCGCUAGAAUGACCGCAUAAUACCGAUGUUAGCGACACACGGUUUAUUAUUAGUCUGCGGCCACAUUUUCCGUUUCUGGCCGAGCUAGCGAACCAGCUAGCAUAGCUGCUGAAGAUAGCCUGUUACCUAUGAUGGCACAGCCCGAGAGCCGCUCGAUAAAGGAAGCCUAGACUCUGCAUGGCGACGGACUGGCAGCAGUGGGAGUGAGCAGCCAAUCAGCCGAGGCCACUUCUAGCAACAUGGCGUCCCGUCAGAGGAACUCGGUCCGGAUCCUGUCCAGCCGGGAGCGAGGCUCCCAGACGUUCGGCUCGCAGCGACUCCUGCAGCUGCUGGUGGAGGAGAAAGUCCGCUGGAUGAAAUGGCAGAGUCAGAAAGUGGAGCUGCCGGACAGCCCUCGCUCAACGUUCCUGCUGGCGUUCAGCCCCGACAGGACCCUCAUGGCUUCCACACACGUCAACCACAACAUUUACAUAACGGAGGUGAAGACUGGAAAGUGCCUACAUUCCCUAGUGGGCCACCGUAGAACCCCCUGGUGUGUGACCUUUCACCCCACUAUCCCCGGCCUGGUGGCCUCCGGGUGCCUUGAUGGCGAAGUCCGCAUCUGGGACCUGCAUGGUGGUAGUGAGAGUUGGUUCACGGAGAGCAACGUUGCCAUUGCCUCCCUGGCCUUCCACCCGACUGCUCAGCUCCUCCUCAUCGCCACCAACAACGAGCUCCACUUCUGGGACUGGAGCCGACCGGAGCCCUUCGCCGUGGUCAAGACGGGCAGCGACACGGAGAGAGUCCGGUUGGUGAGGUUUGACCCUCUGGGCCACAACCUGCUCACAGCGAUCGUGAAUCCGUCCAAUCAGCAGAACGAGGAGGACUCGGAGGUUCCGAUGGACAGUGUGGAGAUGCCUCACUUCCGUCAGCGCUCUUUCCUGCCUUCCCAGCCGGUUCGCCGCACACCCAUCCUUCACAACUUCCUCCACAUCUUGUCGUCUCGCUCCCCGGGCGCUCAGGCAGGAGGCGAGCAGCAGCGGCCUCUCGGGGAAAAUGGAAGCAAUAUUGGAGAAUCUCCCAGCAUGCCUCUGGCCCAGUACCCCAGCUCUGAGCGCGGGCCUCCCUUCCCAGGCUGCACCCAGCACCUGGGCAUGGUCUGCCUCUGCAGCCGCUGCUCCGUCAGUCGAAACCCCUCCCUGGCAGCCGACGGUUCCUCUGUGACUCCGUCUGACCCGCGGGUGUCGUCCGACGCUCCCCCGCCUCCCCCAGCCUCCACCUUCUCUUCGGCCCGUACGGAGCCCAGGCAGCCGUCGGAGCGACCCUCGGCCUUUACCUCAGUCUACUACAGUGCCGGCGCUUCUCUUAACCCCACCGCACCGAGCGGCCUCGAGCCGCUCUCCACAUCCAGGCCCGGACCUGACUGGACUCGCAACCUGCUAACCAUGAGGGAGGGUGGAGUCAGUCCAGGCAUGCUGCCUCCCAGAACCUCCUCCUCUUCCUCCAUCAGCCUUCUUUCAGUGCUCCGUCAGCAGGACGGAUCCUCUCACUCCCCUGUCUACACCUCUGCCACUGAAGGUCGAGGUUUCCCCCAACAAGGAGAGCCCGGGGCUCGAGACGCUGCCGGUACCAGCAGCGGCCAUCACCCGUUCUGGGACGGCUCUCGCAGCAACACGGCCUCCUUCCGCAACGUGCUGCAGUGCAACCUGAGCCGCUACUUCAUGGAGUUUGACCGCAUGCAGGACCUGGAGCCGCCGUUGGGGGGCACCAUGGACCAGAGCCACGAGCAGAACCAAGAGCUGCUGAAUAAUAACAUGGACCCAGACAGAGCUGGGCCGUCCUCAUCUUCCUCCACCUCCUCCCCCACCAUCAUCCACUACCAGCCUCCUCUCCCGCCUCCCCCUUCGUCCCACAGCCUGGAGAACAAUGUUCCUCCCCCGGCCUCCCGAGGCCAUCUGAACCGCUGCCGGGCCUGCCACAACCUGCUGACCUUCAACCACGACUCUCAGCGCUGGGAGCGCACCAACCAGGCCUCCUCCACCUCUGCCUCCCCCCUGGAGCCCUCCUCUUCCUCCUCCGCCUUCCCUUCUUCUUCUUCUCCUUGGCAGCCUGAAGAGGGCAGGAGGACACUAGAAGCCCAAACACAGGAGAGGAGGGCUCCUCCGGAGGGCAGCGAGCAGCCGCCUCCCCCUGGAGGUGGAGGAGCAGGACCAGUGGCCUUCCCCAUCGCCCCGUCCUCCAGCCAGCCUGGAGAGCAGACAGUGGGCUUGGUGUACAACCAGGACACAGCGCAGUGGGAGAGGGUGUACCGGCAGGCUGCUGCCGGCCGAUCGGCAGAGCCACCGGAGGCCUUAAGCCAAGAAAUGCCUGUUGACCCCCCAGAUGAGGACUCCCUGAGGAGGCGACUGCUGGAAUCAUCUCUGUUAUCGUUGUCUCGUUACGACAUGUCAGGAUCAAGAGACCACCCCAUUUACCCCGACCCAGCUAGGCUUUCUCCGGCAGCGUACUACGCUCAGAGGAUGAUCCAGUACCUGUCGAGACGGGACAGCAUCCGCCAGCGCUCGCUCCGCUACCAGCAGAACCGGCUGCGGGCCAUGUCGUCUUCGUCGGACAGCCCGGCCAGCAACCCGGCCAGCUCCAUGGACAACAGCGACGUGGACUUCGAGGAGCUGGACGAUAACGGAGACAGAGCGAGGCACAGGACUCCCCGAAACGCCAGGAUGUCUGCACCCUCGCUGGGUCGCUUUGUCCCUCGGCGUUUCCUCCUGCCCGAGUACCUGCCCUACGCUGGAAUCUUCCACGAGCGAGGGCAGCCCGGCCUCGCCACACACUCCUCCGUCAACAGAGUGCUCGCUGGGGCGUCAAUCGGAGACGGUCAGUCUGCAGUCGCCAGCAACAUCGCAAACACCACCUACCGUCUGCAGUGGUGGGACUUCACCAAAUUUGACCUGCCCGAGAUCAGCAACGCCUCAGUCAACGUUCUGGUGCCAAACUGUAAAAUCUACAACGACGCCAGCUGCGACAUCUCCGCAGACGGUCAGCUGCUGGCGGUUUUCAUUCCCAGCAGCCAGCGGGGCUUCCCAGACGAGGGCAUUCUGGCCAUCUACUCUCUGGCUCCCCACAACCUGGGAGAGAUGCUCUACACCAAGAGAUUCGGUCCGAACGCCAUCUCCGUCAGCUUGUCUCCGAUGGGCUGCUACGUCAUGGUGGGCCUGGCUUCUCGCAGGAUCCUGCUGCAUCCCACCACCGACCACAUGGUGGCGCAAGUCUUCCGCCUGCAGCAGCCACACGGAGGAGAGACUUCCAUCAGGAUGGUGUUCAACGUGGUUUACCCCAUGGCUCCAGACCAGAGGCGCCACGUCAGCAUCAACUCGGCUCGCUGGCUGCCGGAUCCGGGGAUGGGUCUGGCUUAUGGAACCAACAAGGGAGACCUGGUGAUCUGCCGGCCUGUGUUCUAUCGCAGCGAUGGCGAGAGCCCCGGAGAGUCGAGCAGCGAGCCGCUGUUCUCCGUCAACAACAGUGGAACCAGCCGGACCCGAGGUUCUGACAGACCGGGUCCAAAUCGCUCCGGCUGGAGGCUGGACAGAGACAUGGGAUUGAUGAAUGCGAUUGGUCUUCAGCCCCGACACCCCGCCCCUUCGGUGACAUCACAGGGAACCCAGACGCCAAUCAUCCAGCUGCAGAACGCAGAGACACAAACCGAGAGGGACCUAUCGGAGCCCAGCGUCUCACAGCCGCCACUCAAUGUCCCUCCUGAGACUCCAUCCACCAGUCGAGCAGCUCAGGGGCAGCUGGAGGCGUCUCAGAGCAGCAGAGGUCAGGACGGCGCUCAGGGCGAAGCUUCAGCCGAGGCCAACACUUCUACAGCGAGCACUGGAGAGUCUCCGGAGUUCGGCUCGGGCGAAGACGCUCUGGCUCGGAUCCGGCGGCUGAUCGCAGAAGGCGGCAUGACGGCGGUGGUGCAGCGGGAGCAGAGCACCACGAUGGCCUCCAUGGGCGGCUUCGGGAACAACAUCAUCGUCAGCCACCGCAUCCAUCGCGGCUCCCAGACGGGCACGGCGGCCUGCAGGCCCCCCACCGACCCCACCAUGACGGCCCCCUCCACCUCAGGUCCCCUGCUCAUCGCCCCGCCCCAGUCCUACCCCCACCCCCCUCCCCAGGCUGCUAACCCGUCCGAACAGCUCACUCCCAUAUGGGGCCCCACGGUGCUGUCGGGCCCCCAGCCCCCCGGCCUGGCUCUGGCCGUGGACAUGGACGACGUGUUUGACGGGGGACGAACAGACGACGACUCGCUGCCGGGUCCCUCCUCUUCCUCCCUGCUGCUGUCUUCCCCGUCCUCCUCCUCGUCCUCCUCCUCCUCCCACAGCCCCCUCCCCGGCAGCGGAGGCGGCCCCAACGGUUACCCCGGCGACCCGUACAGCAGGUAGUCCUCCUGUCGGCCAGGAGGCGCAGAGCGCUGGCUGAUGGGUAAAGGGCGCUCCUCAAAGCCUUAUCUCACAAAGAAAUGGGUGCUGCUUCGACUCUGCACAGGGUCUCCCGCCUGGAAAAAGAAGGGACACAAGAACCCCGCCUCACCCCUCCUCACCCCUACGCCCCCCCGAGUGGCAUCGGCGUGCACUUCUUCUGCACUUAUAAAUCCGGACUGAAGCUGAAACCGCGAUCAUUCCUCGUCAGAAAGGGCUUCUACUUGAACGGAGGCCAGUUCUCGCUGAGCUCCUCUCCGCCCGACUCUCUCUAACUAUCAGCGUGAUGGAGGUUCCUGUUUAAAGUGCCAUGUCUGCGGGGGGUGAGGAGGAGGUGGGGGAAGGGGGAGGCAUCUCUUUCUCACACACAUUUACUCCAACGUGCUGCAUUCGGUGCCAUGUGAUGUUGAAUUUGAUGUGAAAUAGUGCGUGAUUGAAGUGUUUAAAAAGUGAAUUCAGCACUACUUUAUUUUGAAGCCUGUUCUUUUUUUUUUUUUCCUUUUUUUUUUUGUACUGUGUGUAAUUAUGAUGUUUGAAAACCAGGAAUCGUGUCCGAGGCUGCCUGAGGCUGGACUCUGAGCGGCGGCCUGCAGCCAAGUGGAGAAUAAUCACUGACGACUGAACGGACAAAACGAGACUGAACAAACUGAAUCUACUGCAUGUCUUUUCAAUAAUGCUGCAGUUCAUGAAACAAA